AUGAAAGUUCUUUCCUACAAUAUCCGUGGACUUGGGAGCAAAGUCAAGAAAAGAGAAAUCAGAGAACUCAUCCAGAAGCAAGGUAUCGAUUUCUGUCUUAUUCAAGAAUCAAAGUUGGAAAGUAUUGAUGAAAUUGUUUUAAAGACUAUCUGGGGGACGGAAAAAUGCGGAUUCGCCUUUAGGAAAGCAGAAGGAAGGUCAGGAGGGAUUCUUUCAACGUGGAACUCAUCAAGUUUUCUGAGCUCCAGCAAUUGGGAGAUGCCAGGAGCUCUGAUAGUCAAUGGCAGAUGGAUCCCUGAAAGAGAGAAUCUGUGGAACACUAUUGGCUUGGUGAUUGAACAAAGUAGGGAUUUACAUGUCUGCAUUGGAGGUGAUUUCAACUCAUCAGUAGAUUGGGGCCCUAAACCAUUCAGGUUCAUCAAUGCCUGGGUGAGCCACCCAGAUUUCUUGGAAGUGGUCCGAACUUCUUGGAAUCAAAGUGGCAUCACGGGAUGGAGGAGCUUUGUUUUCAAACAAAAAUUUAAAAGGCUAAAGGAGGACCUCAAGAAGUGGAACAAGACAAGUUUUGGAUCAAUUGAGGAGAACAUUGGAAAGCUUAAGAAUGAUAUUUGUUGCUGGGAUGCAAUCGACGACACUAUGGGAUUGGAAGAUGAUGAAAUUAUUAAGAGGAACGAAUCAGUGGCAAACCUCUUCCUCCAACUCAAAAACAGAGACAGCCUCCUUUCUCAGAAAGCGAGAGAUCGAUGGUUAACUGAUGGUGACGUCAACAGCAACUACUUUCACAAGGUUAUCAACGGCAGGAGAUUGAAGAAUGAUAUCUCAGGUCUUCAGGUGAGGGACAGAUGGCUCGAGGAACCAGAAGAAGUCAAGCAGGAGAUUAGAACCCACUUCCAAAAUCAGUUCAAAGAAAGAGAAAUGAUCCGGCCGCAUAUUCCCGAAGACUUCGUCUCCAUGAAAAUCUCGAAUGAUAUGAAAACAAAGCUUGAGCAGCAAUUCACCGAAGAAGAAGUGAAAGCGGCAGUUUGGAACUGCGACGGAAGGAAAAGCCCAGGGCCAGACGGCUUCAACUUUCUCUUCUUCAAAACUUGCUGGGAAAUCAUUAAAGAGGAUCUAAUUGAAGUCAUGAAGGAGUUCCAUUCGCACGGGAAACUCGUGAAAGGUAGUAACCCUUCCUUUAUAGUGCUCAUUCCGAAAAAGAACACAACAUCUGAAUUGAAGGAUUUUCGCCCAAUCUCCCUCAUUAACUGCCUCUACAAAGUGAUUGCGAAGAUUCUUGCCUUGAGGAUGAAGCAGGUGAUACACUCAAUCAUCUCAGAUUGUCAAAGUGCUUUUGUUGAAGGGAGAUUUAUCCUAGACGGGGUCAUCUCACUCAACGAAAUCAUCGAUGAAGUUAAAAAGAGGAAAAAGAGACUCACACUCUUCAAAGUUGACUUCGCCAAGGCCUUUGACACCGUUGAUUGGAAGUUCAUCGAUCUUAUGCUUGAAAAAAUGAACUUCAGCCAAAAGUGGAGAAAUUGGAUUUCAGAGUGCCUCGGUUCCGCCACAGCCAACGUUUUGGUAAACGGAAGCCCUUCGGGCGAAUUCCGCCUGGAGAGGGGCCUCAGGCAAGGAGAUCCCCUCUCCCCGUUUCUGUUUCUUGUUGCAGCAGAAGGUCUUCACCUUAUCACGGAAAGAGUGGUUCAAAAAAAUCUUCUGGAACCUGCUGAAUGUGGAAAUGGAGCCAUUCGAAUCUCUCACCUUCAAUAUGCCGACGACACGAUUUUUGUGGUUUCAGGGAAAGAACAGAAUGCGUGGGCUCUCAAAUGCAUUCUCAAAAUCUUUGAAAUGCUUUCAGGCCUGAAGGUGAACUUCGAUAAGAGCUGUCUUCUUGGGAUCGGCAUCCCCACCCCUGCGAGAGAGCAAUUGGCUGCCACGCUCAACUGCCAAGUCGGUGAUUUCCCAACCAAAUACCUGGGAAUCUUGAUUGGUGCACGUCUGUCUCGUGCGGAAAUCUGGAAUCAUGUGGUGGAAAAAAUCAAAAGGAAAGUUUUCAGCUGGCAACAUCGUAAAAUUUCGUUGGCUGGGAGAAUCACUGUUAACGAGGGUGGACUUGGUCUUAAAGACCUUGAGAGCUUUAAUAAAGCUUUGAUGGUGAAGUGGAUUUGGAGGUUCUUGAAGGAAGAAGAUGCCCUCUGGGUUAGAGUGGUUAAGGCAAGGAUGGGGGAUUUUCAGUGGGAUGAGAACGGCAUCUGCUUGGCUAACAACAGACAAAGAAUUUUGGGUUGGUGGAAUAGGGUGGUGGCCUUGAGUCGGGGGGAUGAGGGGAAGUGGCUGAGGGAAAGCUUAGAACUUCAGCUAGGGGAGGGCGAUACUAUCUCUUUCUGGCAUCACUGCUGGACUGGAAACCAUAGAUUGAGGGACCAAUUUCCAACCCUCUUUCGUCUUAGCACUAAUCAAGAUGGGGUGAUCAAGGAGAUGAGACUUUGGGUCGAGGGAGUUUGGGUGUGGAAGCUCGAAUGGUCUAGAGAGUUAAGGGGGAGAGACUUGGGCUUGCUUACUACUUUUUUUGCUAUUAUCAACCCUUUCAAAGCUUGUGCAGGGAAGAAAGAUGGAUGGUCUUGGAAACACUCCUCAUGUGGCCUUUUUUCCGUCAACUCAGCAUACAAAGCCAUCAGAUCAAAUUCGAACAAAACCGAAGCUAGAAGGAAAGAUUCAGUUUACACGAAGAUCUGGAACGCACCGGCACCCUUCAAAGCCAAGACCACCGCAUGGAGGAUCAUGAAAGGGAGGUUGGCAACUUGCGAAAAUCUUAUUAAACGAGAAGUCAUCAGUCCCUCGACAGAAGCAAACUGUAUCCUCUGCGCUACUCAAACUGAAACACUGGAACAUCUGCUCUUCACUUGCCCAAAAGCAGACGAGAUCUGGUUCGACUUCUUGGGAUGGAUCGGGAAAAAAACAGCUCUUCAUCGACGCACAAACGCACACUUUCUUGCUUUUACUAGCCUCGGAAGCAAGGCGGAUGUUCAACUCCUCACAGGUAUUUGGAUUUGCAUUGUCUGGAGCAUUUGGAAAGAAAGGAACAACUGUAAGUUCAACCAAGGAGAAUGGAACAGACAAAAAAUCGUUGCGGAAAUCAAAACGAGGAUCUGGAGUUGGAAGUUGGCUUUCAAGAUACAAUCAUCCUCCUUGGAUUUUAAGGACUUCUUCUCCAAUUCAGGAAUCCUUUGUUGA